AAAUAGCCAUUAUAUAUGGGAAUUAUGCUUAGGAGGCAAAUACAUACUAAUUUACCCCCUGAGCAUCCAAUAAUAGCUAUUUGAAACAAUAGAAUUCAAAAUGGCUGCCAUACUGCUGAAAAGGUCCAUUUUGCCAACGCUGAUGUAGAGAAAAAAUAGUUUCUUGUAAACAAAAUACCUAAUGUCAAGCCAGAGUGAAAAACUUACCCUUUUUAGACCAAAAUCACUCAAAAGCCAUACCCUUCAGGGUUGCACACUCCUAGCCCAUAUAAGGGAGUAUCCCCUCCCCUGAUAGAAAUCAGGACCCAGUUGUUCGAAAGUGGAUUGAUGCUAAUCGAGGAUUAAAAGUUAAACAAAGUUCUUAUUUCUCUUGAAUAAAAGUGUUUUCACUGUCCAUGUUUCUUGGAGUUUGACAUUGGUCAAAGCCAAAAUUGAAGGGCAAAAAGUUUAAACAGAAACCUUCACUGAAAAGUUACAAAAUUGAAAUAAAUCCCCCAACCCAGAACUUUGAUAAAUGAUUUGAUAAUGAUGGAAUUGUCAGAGUUUGUCAAGUGGUCUUUGAACUGGUCCUAGAGCCCAGAAUGAGUCUGGCUUCAAUUAUUUAUGUGAGAAAAAUUCUUGAAGAAACAAAAGCUUCUUGCCAUUUGUGGUUGACUCAUGUCCAAACAAACAACAAUAAUAUGUCCUGGGCAAGAAGAGGAAGAAGCUAUUAAAACAAAAGAAGAAAAGUGAAAAUCUGUUUUGUCUCUGGAUGUUAUUAUCAAAGUUUUGAGCUUUUUUUGUCUUUGCCAAUAAAAAGAGUGUGACUCAUGGAUCCAUGUGAGUGUGGCCAUCAAGGAGACCUUGCUCGGCGUGCUGGAGAACUGAACCAAGCUGUUAUCCUUUUCACUCAUGGAAUACAGCAUACCCCUCCCAGCAGACCAAAUCUUGCUGCUGAGUUGCUUAGAGACAGAGCAGACUGCUAUUGGGACUUGCACCGUAAAGAGGAAGCAUGCAUGGACAUGAAAAGAGCUCUAGAGUUGUUCCCGGGUGUCAAGGAUGAACCAGAAAAAUGGUUGAGGAGAGGAUAUGAAGCCAAGGAUGAAGAGAACUUUGCUGUAGCCACUCAGUGUCUGACUUAUUCUCUGUUGUUCUGUCCUAUGAAGAAUACUACUCUGCUGUCCACCCUGUAUGCUUUGAGGGCAGAGACAAACUACAGAAUGACGAGAAUUUUAGAGGCACGAAAAGACAUUGCAAAAUGUAGGAAGGUUGAUCCGGCUUUUGUAAAGCAAGAAGGUCGACGCUGUAAGGAGAAGGGCAUCCAGUUAUACCAAAUGCAUAGUUACAAUCAGGCCAUCAUGUCACUUGGACUUGCAAAAGAGUUUAUACCACGGUCCAUGGCUGAAUCUCAGGGACAAGUCCAAAGCUAUUUGGCAUCAUGUCAUUUUAGCCUACAGCAAUAUCCUGAAGCUUUAGAAGCUGGGAAAGAGGCAUACAAGAUCAGGCCAGGAAGAUCACUGGGUGAGGCAAAGAGGUGGAAAGAGAGAGGUAAACAACUUUUCAAAGAAAACAGAUUUGAUCUUCUUGUCGACUGUUAUUCUUUGGCCAUCAACUAUGCUCCAACCAGUGACCGAGAACUUCUGGCACAGCUGCUUUGUAAUCGCUCACUGGUUCACAUAAGGAAUAAGACUUUUAAGGUGGCACUGCUAGAUGCUGAACGAUGUGUGAAGAUAAGGCCAAGCUGGUCAAAGGCACACUACAGGCUGGGAUCAAGCUUAGCUGCCAUGAAGCGUUAUGAAGAUGCUAUGGACUCUUUUACUGCAGCUCUUGAACUUGCUGAGACAGAUGAGGAGAAGUAUGACACACUGUCACAGAUCAUUACUAUUGCCUCGGAGGUGGAGGACGGCACGUCGAAUAUAGACGAAAGGCUGUGUUCACAAACCAUUAUCCAGAGAGCUGUGGAUGAUGCUAUAUCAAAGCAGAGUUGGGAGAGACUUCGUGUCUUGUUUCUCGGGGGUGGGGGCCCAUUGCUGGCCUGUCCUGACGAAGGAGGGCUUGCUAGUGGCUGUGAUGCCUCCCAAGUUCCACUAGAUCUUCUGAUACAAUCUCAAGUGGCAGAGAAGUUGUGCCUUGUCUCCACCUUAUUGGAGCUUGGGGCGCAUGUGGAUGGGCUGCCACUCUGUGAAAAGCCGCCUCUAUUGGUUGCCUUGGAGACUGAGGAAUUUGGAAUAGCUAAUGAGCUGAUUGAAGUAGGCGCUGAUGUGGCUUGUGCAUUGAAUCAACCUCACCUUCAAACAAAGGCUCAGGCACUGUACUGGAAGAAACAAGCCAACAAGAAUCUCAGAUUUGGAGCUGAUUUCAGUGCUAGGCAGUACUACAACUUGGCACUGCAGUGUGCCCCUGAACAAGUUGUGGAGAUCAAGAGGGAAUGCUUUGAUGCAUUGGCUGACAUCUGCUUUGAAAAUGAAGAGUUUACUGAGUGUAUUGAACAUGGAGAGAAAGGAUACCAUGUUAAGCCUGUGAAGAAUGAGGAAGCUGUUCAAAAAUGGAGGGAAAGAGGAAACCAGUUGUUCAAAGACAAAUAUUAUGACCUGGUUGUUAAGUAUUACUCUUUGGCCAUGAACUAUGUACCCCAGACGACGGAGAAUGUUGACAAAAUGAGUGCAGUGUUGCUGAGUAAUCGAUGUGCUGCAUACCUGAAUCUGGAGAUGUAUGACGAGGCUUUGGAAGAUGCCAAGAGAUGUGUUCAGAUAGAACCAGAAUGGUCUAAGGGGUACUAUCGUCUUGGUUCUUGUUUAAACUUCCUUGGUCAAAAUUCAGAGGCAAUGAAUCAUUUCUGUGAUGGACUGAAGAGGGCUGAGACAGAUGAUGACAAGUUUGCUCUUGCAUCACACAUUAUUUCUACAGCCAUGGAUCUCAAAGAUGGAACUCUUGGAAUAACCUGCCGUGUUCCCAGAGCCACAGUUCAAAAGUUGAUCAAAGAUGUGUGCUCCAAAAAGGAAUGGGACAAGCUUCACUUGCUAUUCCUUGGAGGUGACAGUCAAAGGUCAUAUGCCAAGGGUCGCGGAGGUGUAGCAACAGGAUGCAAUGCUGUAAUUGUUCCGGUAAAUGAAGUACUGGAGUCAUCCGUUGAAGACCAGGACAAAUUGAUAGCUGUGUUGCUGGAUCAUGGUGCUCUUGCUAAUGGGCCGCACGGGUGUAAGAAGCCACCACUGUCUGUUGCUAUGGAGAUGGAAAACUACAAUAUUGCUUACACCCUUUUAAAGCAUGGUGCUGAUCCUUCAGUGGUUGGUUGUCAUAGAGGAACAGGAUCACACCACCGUGAGAAUCAAGGUCAUUUCUGGAAAGAAGAAGGAGUCAAGGCACUGGGUACCAAGGACUACAAUCGAGCUAUCAAAUUGUUGAGCAUAGCUCUGCAGUUCCCAAACAAUUCAGCAGAAUUGAGUUACCUUGUGAACAACUCUCUGGCAACUGCUUACUUUGAGACCAAACAGUAUGUCAAGGCUGUUGAGAAAGGCAGAGAGUGCUUCAAGUUCAAACCAACAAAAUCACAGAUUGAAGCCAGUAAGUGGAAAGAGCGUGGUAAAAGACUGUUUGGCGAGAAGGAAUUCUCCAUUCUUGUGGAGUAUUAUACUCUAUCUAUGCAGUAUGUUCCGACUAACGACAAGGAAUUCUUGGCAACUCUGCUGUGCAAUCGUGCUCUUGCGCAUUACAACAUUGGCGAUUAUCAACAAGGGCUCUUAGAUGCCAAGAGCAGCACAAGAUUCCGACCAGAGUGGUAUAAGGGGUAUGUGCGGCAAGCAUACUGCCAUGCUUGUUUGGAUCAAAACAGAGAUGCCGUCAGAGCCUUUGCUGAAGGAUUAACAAGAGCUGAAAGUGACGAAGACAAGUCUGUUAUACUUUGUCAGAUUGUAUCUCUGGCCCUAAAUCUUCCAGAUGGAACCUCCAGUGUCACUUGUAGUGUCCCAAACCCCAUUCUGGAAAACCUGGUCAAACAGCUGGUAGAGAAGAAAACCUGGGACAAGUUACACGUCCUGUACUUAGGGGGUGGUGGACCACAGCGAUUCUCACCAGGGGAGGGUGGCUUAGCUACUGGUAUCGAUGCCUCUGGAAUUCCUAUCGAGCUCGUUUUAGAUGCUGGUGACAAGUACCGAGUCCCCCUCAUUGGGGCUCUGUUGGAGAAUGGUGCCUCCUCCGAUGGCCUUGGGAAGAGAGAGAAGAGUCCAAUAGAGCAAGCUAUGGAGAAUGAAGAUUACAACAUGGUGGUCACUCUACUGCAGUACAAUGCUAAUUCAGCGUGUAUUGUGACCAAGGCUGGUGAUUCCCUCCUGCAUGAAGCUCUAAAGCAAACGUUUGCAACAGGGAACAAUGGAUUUCUUCAAGCCUUAGUUGACUCUGAGGUCUUUGACCCUGACGUGGUAGACGCUAGUGGAAAUACACUCUUCCACUUGGUGGCUUUUGGCAAGUGUUCUAGACGGAAGUGUGACGUCGUAAGGGUUCUGGCAGAGGCAGGAGCUAACCCAACACUAAAGAACACUGACGGCAAGGUCCCGGUUGACUACCUCACUAAGAAGGACCCUCGAGCAAAGCUCAUCAGGGCAGCUAUCAACUCGUACAAGAGUGGUAAGAAGUCCAGUGGUGGAAAGAGGAAGAGAAAAGUGCCGAAGACACCGACGAAGUCAAUGCCACAACAAGCAGUUUUAGGUCAAGAAGAGGCGGAGGCAGAUUGGUGUAAGCUUGCAGAUGAUGCAGCUCAAGAUGACGAGCAUCGAAUGUUAGACGUGCGCAAUAAAGACAAGAAACCGUUCCCUGCAGUUCCACCGGUGAAGAAAGAUCCUUUGGACGAUCUGCGUGCGGGCAUUAGGGAUAUGAUUGAAUGCCUUUAUCUUGAUAAUUUGCCUUGUAGUGAAGAGAGGAACGUUACUGUAGGUACGUCAGAGGUGAAAGUCGCUGAAGAUGAUAUCAAGGGACCGCAGAAUGAAAAGGAAGAUACUGCACCACAUCUUGUGCCAGAUAUCGAGAGAAUCCAAGAUGAUGAUGAUGAUGAUGAUGAUGAGACAACUGAAGAAGAGCUUGAACUAGAUCUGGAGUCUCCUUUUGAAGACUUACCUUGGGAAGUGGACUGCACUGACCAGUUCUGGAAGGCUCUGCAGAACAUAAAUGUCAGUGAUGCCUUAAAGCGACGCAUUAUCGCCAGGAUUCGCAUGCUAGCAGAAGGUCGCUGGACAAGAAAGCUCUGCAGGAGACUCGAUGGCUCAUCUAAGAAACGCAACAUCAUGCUGUUUGAGGCUAAAUUGACAAGGGCUUCUAGGAUUAUUUGGGAACUGACGGUGGCAUUCUCAGCCAAAUGUAGUAACGAUCCCGAGAUAAGAAUUCAAGAGGAGACAUCUGCUGGGCGAGUGUAUUCGGAGAUUAUUCGUGUUUGGGACGUAGCGGCUGACCGAGAUACCCUCAUGGCGAAAGUUGAAAGCAUUGUGAAAUCCCACGAUAGAGGAUUGAACUGUAUUGUAAGGAAGGAGCUGUCUAGUUUUAGGAAAGGCAGAGAUAAAGUGAAAAACACCAGUGGUGAACGCCUUCCGAACUUCUUUGUUGAAGUGUCAGAAAAGGUGGAAGAUUUCCCGCAGGAUAAAACAGCAAAGGUUGCUAAGUCAUCUGAUAAAGGAAACAACUCGCAGUAUUUCUUUCCUCCUGCAAGUCCAAAUGAUAUGGAAUUCCACAUUCUCAAAUUCUACUCCUUUUCCUCGGCCUUAAUCAACUCUGUUCUUCACAGCAAUUAUGCAACCAAAGUGGACUUUCCCUUCAGAGUGACUGAACUUGAGCAUGCUAUUAUCAACCUACGUCCAAACCAACCAUGCCCAAUAAUUCUUCUUGGUCGAAGUGGAACUGGUAAAACGACCUGCUGUUUGUAUAGACUGUGGAAUGAGUUCCAGUCUUACUGGGAAAAGGCCGCCACUGCAGGCCCGCAUAUCCCUAAACUACUGCAAUAUUUACCCAAGUCAGAAGCGUGUGGAGUUUUAACCGAUUGUGAGCAACUCCAAGAAGUUUUAAAUGAGGUGGACAGUGCAAGAGGUGUGGAAGACUUUGUAACACCAAGAGAGUCUCCAACUGAGGAAUUUGUGAGAGCCAAGGAUGCACGGCGCAAGGAUUACGAAGAAGGCGAUGACACGGUAGAACCGUCCGAGUUUGAGGAGCAAGAUGCCAUGCAGUAUGAACAUCUGCAUCAAGUCUUCAUCACAAAGAAUCCGGUACUGUGCAGUGAAGUCCAGAAGAACUUUUCUGAGCUCAGCCAUGCCUGUCCCGCCGCACGAGAGCACGUGGAAAAUGAGGAGACACCAUUGCCUAACAGGAUUCAAGACAUAGACGAUGCAGCAUGGCCGCUGUUUAUUAACUCCCGCGACUGGUUGUUGUUGUUAGAUGCAUCCCUCCCUGGUAGCGAGUUCUUCCCUCGCACGGAGAACGGCAGUCUGAUGAGAAAGAUUUAUGGCUGGGGAGAGGAGGAGACGCACCUGGUAGCAAUUGACGAAGAUUCAGAUAUGGAGGAUGAGGAACAAGAUGAAGCUGCUACUGCUACUGAAGACACAGAUGAUCUUGUGCAUGGUCGACAUGACCCUAAGAGCUUUGAUCCCAGACGCGAGGUCACUUACGUGGUGUUUGUAUCAGAACUGUGGCCUCGGAUGACCAAGAGAGUAAAGGUCCAGUAUCACCCGACUCUGGUUUGGACUGAAAUCCGUUCUUUCAUCAAAGGAUCCAUCGAGGCUCUGCACACAGAACAAGGUUUCUUGAGUUUGGAGGAGUACUCAGAUCUUGGGCGCAAACGAGCUCCAAAUUUCUCCGCUGAUCGGGAACUAGUGUACGCUCUCUUUGUGGUGUAUCAGAACACCAAAUGUUCGUUGCGGAUGUUCGACGAAGCUGAUGUUGUCCACAAUGUUUACACUCGCCUGCAGAAGGUGCAGGUUCCAGACUGGUCUGUCCAUCGCUUCUACGUUGAUGAAACUCAGGAUUUUACUCAAGCUGAGCUGUCUUUGUUGAUACGGUGCAGUCGUGAUCCUAACGGACUUUUCUUCACUGGUGACACGGCGCAAAGCAUCAUGAGAGGAAUCGCUUUUCGUUUCAAUGAUCUGAAAUCCCUGUUCUUUUACUCGCAACAGUCCUACCAAGCCCUAGGUCUCCAGUCAGGAGUGAGAGUUCCAAACAGACUUUACCAGUUAACUCACAACUACCGCUCACACGCGGGCAUUUUGCGGCUCGCCUCCAGCGUUGUUGACCUCUUACUCCACUACUUUCCAGAGUCGUUUGAUCGCCUCGAAAAGGAUCAAGGCUUAUUUGAGGGACCCAAACCUGUGCUCCUAGAAUCGUGUAGCUUCGGCGAUCUGGCGAUGAUUCUCCGAGGAAACCGUCGGCAGUCUUCGAGGAUUGAGUUCGGAGCACAUCAAGUGAUACUCGUGGCGUCGGAAGAAGCUCGUGCUCAGAUGCCAGAUGAGCUGAAACAGGGACUGAUUCUAACUAUUUACGAGUCCAAGGGUUUGGAGUUUGACGAUGUUCUUGUUUACAACUUCUUUAAAGAUUCUCAGGCUAAGAAAGAGUGGCGAGUUGUGACCACGUACAUGAAGGAGGUGUCAGACGGAAAGGUCCCCAGCACAUCAGGGCUCGUAGAGCUCGCUGAGGAGGACCUGGAAACAACAUCGCGCCCCCUUGAAUUCGACUCCGACAAACACAAGGUACUCAACUCCGAGUUCAAGUUCCUGUACACGGCCAUUACUCGUGCCAGGGUCAACGUGUGGUUCUUUGAUGAAGACGAGCAGGCACGGGCACCAGUGUUUGAGUACUUCCAAAGACUCAACCUCGUCCGCGUGUUACGCAUGUCAGGGGAAGCCAGUGAGACGGAUCAGCUGACCAGUAUGUUCGUGGAGAAGUCGACAGAAGCAGAAUGGGGUCAGCAGGGGCAUUAUUUUUACAACAAAGAGCUGUGGGAGGUGGCAGUGAAAUGCUUCACUAUGGCUGGUGAUAAUCUGAUGGUGAAAAAGUGUCAAGCCCAGUUGCAAGCUGCUGAGGCCAGUAAGCUGAAAGGAAACCCAAAAGUGAUGAGAUCGCAGUUCCUGAGAGCUGCCGAUCAGUUCCUGCAGUGCGCCAUGUUGGAUGAAGGGGCCAAAUGUCUGCACAAUGCUCGAGAGAGGCUGCUGUUAGCCAAACUGAACAGGAAAUUAGGAAAGUUUGAAGACGCGGCCAAGCAGUUGAGAAAAGAGCGCCAGUACUUGGAAGCCAGCGAGUGUUACGAGAUGAUCAAUGAUUAUCACCAGGCGGUGGAGGUGCUGUGUCAAGGCAACCUGUACAAGGAGGCUAUUGACACCUUACAACGCUACAAGAGUCUGGUUGGCACUGGAGCCAGCAAGGGAGGAGGAAUCCGUUCACCUAAAGAGUCUCGGACUGUGGAGCGACUGUGCCACCAGCUGGCGGAGGAGCACUACAGCUGCGGCCGUCUCGAUGAAAUGGUCUCAGUUCUCGAACGACUACCAUCAGCUAGCGAUCGAAUUCUUUUUCUGGAGAAUCACGGAUGCGUUCAAGAAGCUUUGGAGGCUUUGAUAGCGGAAGGCAGGUACAACGAUGCUGGAAAUCUCUUGAGGAAGAAUGGCAGAUUUAUUGAGGCCGCCAAGUUUGUGCAGAGUAAGAGCUUUGUGGCCGAGUGCUUUCUCUCUGCUGCUCGCUGCGUUCAACUGACGCAGGUUUCCGUUGAGGAACAUCGCGAGUUAAUCGAAGGCCCAGUGGAACGAGCUAUGGAACUGUUUGAAGAUUGCAAUGACGAGAACGGUCAAGCACAAUGCCUACUGGUUCUGGCGAGGUUAAACGAUGAUGAAGAAGACGCGGAAAGUGCUCGAGAACUGUUUCACUCUGCGAACAAUAUUUGUGGUGAAGUCGACGCGUGUCUAGCACUCUUUGCUAUAUUACAGGAGGAUAUCUCACGUGGUGAAGUCUGUGAUUUCCCCACUGUAUUUCUUAGAGGUCUGGAUAGAUUGUUCAACCUUAUUAUGGCACUGAACAAGCCUCAAAACAGCGUGGCUGAACUUCAGCGAGUCGAGAUGUGCGAGUCGUAUUUCGGUGUUUUCAAGGGAGAUAAAUCAGAUGUUAGAUGCGCGUUCGUCAAGAGUGGUGGUCUGUUCGUCUCGUGCCUACCUUACAGCCAAGCUGAAGUCAAAGUCGACAAGGUGGUUCUUAACGUGGAAACAGCCCGGUGGCGGAUUUCCAGCUACCUGUGCGACUUGGCUUCUAAGUUAGCACAGAAUAUUUGCCGAAGCGUAGAAUCGAAUGCAAGUUGUCAACGCAUCUGUCGAAGGCCUCUCGUGGGUUUAAGUUGCACUUUAGGACAUUGUAAGCUUGAUCAUGUUCCGUUCACAGAGGAGGUGUUUCAAGAGCUCUUCGACGCCUUGUGUCAUCAAAUGCAUGUAGCCGCCCUUGUGCAAUCGUUCGUUGACGCCAUCGGUCGCUUUGAUUCUCAAAGGCAGAUUUCACAAACACUGCUAACUAAUGAUGUACGGGUGUUUCGAGCGUGUCGACAGCUUUACGAUCUGCUCUUCCCCAAAAUGGGCCAGCAUGUUUCUUUUCUUUGCAAAGAGUACGUCCGCGUUCUUCGCAAGAACGGCGCGAUCAGAGAACGGUUGUCGAGCUACGCGGAAUUCUUAUGGAAGAACACAAAGGACAUUCACCGAUGGCAGAACUCUGACAGAUUUAUGGAAGUUUCUCGGAUCCUUCAACUGGCUGGGCACGCCGGUAAGGUUUCCUUGCUACUGACUGUGGAAGAAAAAGCCUUUGGAGCAAGAAAUGGGUUUUGUGAGGGGAUGCUCCCAGACAAGCAAGAUGGAGGAUUCCGCAGUUUAUUCCGACUUUUGGAAGAAGGCAGGCGUGUACUUCACGUCUAUGGCGAUGUUAUGAACUCUGCGUUCUUCUUUAUUCGAAGAUUCGUUAGUAUAAUCGCAUGGAGGUCUUCCAUUCCCAUGCCUUCUCUGGCUAACGUCAGCACCAUCUUUGAACGCCAGAUGAUCGCCUGCCUGACGCUCUUUGCUCGUCUGAUAAACGACCACGGGUAUCCCGUGUGCCUUCCCGAGAGCUACCUUAACCUGAUCGACUUCUGGGAUGCACUAUACGGCACAGAUAGGUUCCCUAACUUGAUGGGUAUCAUUGAAGCUAGCGCCUCCCGAGUGCCACCUUUCAAAGGGAUCUGCCAAGUUCAGCGGCUACUGGAGUACAUGGUCCAGCUCUUGUCGGGACAGGUGAGUCGCCGCUUCAAUUUAAUAAACAGUGCUUUCAGUCUCAAUGCAAUGGAUCGCGUGCUGUCCGGUGAAUCGGAAAGAAUCUUAGUCCUGGCCAUGACCAUCUUGUGUAACUACGCCAGAGGAAUUCCUACAGCGCCGUGCGGCCGCCUUAUCGGGUGUCUACGCGGCGUAACCGUGCAUGCGUUUCUGCCAGAUCGAGUACGGAAGGCGUUGGAGGCGUUGCAGUACGUGGAGAGUGUGAAUGACGUGGUAAUCGCACUACAGACAUUACUUUCUGAGAGGAAUGAAAGUCUGUUUUCUGUUCGUUGGUGCGACCGACAGUUGUUGACUGCCGAGGUGAAUGCGAAGGUGAGUGCGGAUUCGUCUCCGCUGGUGUUCAACGCUGGAUCGGCUUCCUCGCAUCCUCAGGCAGCAGAUGUCGCAAGUGAGCCACCCGUGGAUAUCUACUCGCCAUCGGAGUUUCAGAUGCCAACUGGAUACCUGGAGGAGCAGAAGAAGGAGCGGGCUCUAGAGAGAAAGCGUGAGGAGGCUGCUGUGAAAAUCCAGCGCUGGUACCUUCAAAUCAGGCGCGCGACAUCCAAGUUCUCACCUCGAGCUGACGAAGUACAAGAGCAGCCUGCUUAUUCAGCUGAAGCUCACUUUGCGCGUUUCAAGGUGGACAAUUCGGCUUGUAGCGUAUGUAGCGUGCACUUCAACGACGAGCGCGGCGAGAAUUAUGAAUCGCACAUUCGUUAUCAAAGCGGUCACUGGCGGCAGCUGGAGGGGUUUAAAGCCUACAAGCAGCUUUAUCUCAACAAUAUAUGGCCGCUUUUCGUGGCGGAGAAGGAGCUUCGCGACGAAUUGAACGCCUUGUCCGGGCAGGGAAGACUCGGUUCGCACGAUUUUGGUCUUGAUGUACAGCGGUUGGACCAUGUAGGAGCACGCGUGGGAGAUUGCAUCCGGGAUAUUGAGUCCCAUUGCAGGUGGUUUGAUACGGACCGUUUGACGCGUGAAGUCGAGGCUUUAGGAACAACUAUCAAGGAAGUACAGACUAUUGUGAAACAAGAUCUUCAAAAGAUGCGAGAAGCAGGUGUCAUGGCGGAAAGACGGGACGAGUUUGAAGAGAACGAAGAUUUCGGUGAUGAGGAAGACAUCUUGGACCUGCGCAUGCCUAAAGACAGUGGAGCAAAUCGAGGGACUGGGGCAAAGCAGACUGGGAAGAAGAGAAACCGAGGGAGACGGGGGCGAGACAAGACGCGGUUCAGACAGUCCUGAAUUUACAGUUUCAUUAUUUAUUGUUGCUGCUCUGUCUUAAGCGUUAGCAAUUUUACUUUAGGUCGACGUGUAUUACGUUCUUGUUAAGCCCGAGCCCAUUUAAGACAGUUCAAAGAAUUUUCAAGAUCCGGGAAUCGUUCCUGUGGGUCGUGCUAUGUUACGAAGAUCUUUAAUUACAUGUUUUGGUUGUUUAGUUCUAAGUUGCUGGAAAUUCAACCAAGAACUUGAAAUACUCUGGAUGGGAAAGCCAUGACUUUGUGCUACUUACAGACGUGGGAUUCGUUUAGCUGUCAUUGGACUUGCGUUCCAGGUUUAUUUUUUUCCCUCGUAGCAUCACCUGUCUCGAUUACUUUAAAGGCAAAUGUUAAUGUUUGGCAAUUUGUCAUAUGAUGGUUAUCGGCAUUUUUUUUAAGUUCGAGUUGGUUACAUGGAGACUGUUAUAGGAAGUGGUUUCUCCAGUGGACGCAAUAGCGUUUGUCUGAUUCAAGUUUUGUUGGCGAAGAAAACAAAUAAAAUUUAAGUUUACUUUCA